AUGCCGUCGAAGUUGUCGGCUGUCCAUGCAGCGUUGGGAAUCGAAUUGCCGGCUGAACGUACCGCCAACGUUCGGCAGCCACUGCAGGCGCCGAGACAUGUUGUGCAAUCCAGCAAGGGGCGCCAUCUACAUCUGCCCGAACCUGCCGAAUUUGAAGGCCUGCUUCAGGUCUAUUGGUCGGAGCACAACCCAUUCUUUCCCUGCAUGAAUCGAACCGACUUCCAACUCGCGAUCCACCGAUGGCUUUCGGCUGCAGGCUAUGGUCCGUCGAGCACCACUGUUCAGAUCUUGCCAAAGACAAUGAUACUCGCCGCCAAUCUCUGUAUGGUGCUGGCAAUCGCCGAGUUUGUGGACCCGCAAAGGGUGCGGAAGAUGUCAGGGUCGUCGGUGGGCCAGUGGGUUUCGGGAAAGCAGUUGCACGAGACUGGUUCGGCCAUACUUAAGCACUGCGAGCCGCCAUCGCAUGAGCAGGAAAUCGAUGCCAUACGCUUCCACAUCUUAGAAGCCAUGUACCUCGUCUAUGUGGAACGACUAAGACAGGCUUCGGCGGCCAUUGGGGUUGCCGUACAGUUGACGUUCCGCACUGGGCUCCACGACCAGUCGUCUUGGACUGAUUUAGCUCCAACGGCUGUCGACUCACGCCGGAUCCUUUUCUGGUGCGUUUAUUACAUGGACCGUCGGAUCUCGGAGAAAACUGGCCAGCCGUAUCUGCUCCGGGACGAGGAAGUGGGCGUGGCAGAGAUAUAUAAACCUGGAAGCCAUGAGCCUUCCGUACUCAUCAACGGAGAUAGUGAAUCAGUGGCGUUCAACACGGCAAUGUGCCACUAUCUCCAGCACAUCAUUGACUGGGCACACCUCUGGACCGACAUCUGGGACACCUUGUUUAGUAUCCGGGCACAGAAGCUUGUCGGGGAUGUUGGUCAUCACAGUAGAUCCAUCGACCACCGAAUCGAUCGAAUGCUCGGACAACUUCCACACGAGCUCCAAUGGCAAAGGGAGCAGCACCGAUCAAACCCGAGUCGGCAGGAGGGCGAGCGUCAAGCGCGGUUUGCUCUACUAGCCUACACUCGCCUCAACACCGCCCAGCUACUACUUCACCACAACCCAUUCUCCCGGGUCCGGGCGAGCUCGAAUACUCUUGACCUCCGCCUCAAGAAGGCCGUGGAGAUGGUGAAUGCCAUUGUUCUGCAUCUGGAGACAUUCGACACCUACAGUCAGCUCGGCCAGUGGGCUUGUGCGGUCCUGGUCGAGUGCAUCUAUCACAUCGUGCCAGUGGUGGCGAGCAACAUCAGCGACAGCGAUCGGAACAAGGCCGUGUCCGCACUGCACUCUAUCAAAGCUUUGAUGGAGAAUUUGUCGACUUCGCAAGGGUCGGCGCGUCGGGCACAGCGGGCACUGAAACGCGUCUUUAGCGUCGUGGAGCGCGGUGACAACGAGCACUUGAAUGAUAGCACAGCCUCUGCACAAAAAAAGAGCUCGGCCCCUCACCUACAAGUGAGUGACGGUGCAGAAAGGUCAAUGUGCUCUGCAGCCUUACCCGAAUCGCCCUUGAGCCCAUGGAAUAUCUGGUCGGACUGGGACUUUUCGUCCCAGAUGGACAGCUUCUUUCGCCUAGACGAAGAAGCUGGGGCAAGGGAUCAGUCAUUUUCCCCGUUGAUAUUCACUAGUCUGGACUAA